AUGGAUCUCUUCGCCGACUUGAACGACUCGGCUCCAAAGCCAGACAUCCGCACCAAACCCGAAGAAUCACUCAACCACUUCACCAUCAACAAAGAGUUUGCUGAGCGCUACGUCCACAACAAACAGCGUGCUGAACUUCACCAGCUCGAAGCCAAGUAUGGCAAAGAUGCUCUCGCCUCCGACGACGACGGUCUCGAUUCCGAAACCGAUAGCGAGAGUGAUGUAACAGAAGAUGAAGAUGGUGAUCAGAUCAAUGCCAAUGUUGAUGCUGCUAUCUUCCGCACGCUGCAACGUAUUCGCAACAAGGAUGCAGCACUGUACAAUUCCAAGACAAAUAUCUUUGCACAGGAGGCAGAAGCAGCUGAACGAGCCGCUCGUGCCUCUGGUACCUCUUCAGCAGCAUCAGCAGCAGGCAAGAAAGGCACAACAAAGAAAGAAAAGAAAGUCACUCUGCAAGACUACCAGCGUCAACGAGUGCAAGAAUUGAUAAAGACAUCAGAGAACCCAGCCGAAGCACUUGCUGAUGCGACCACUAGCGACAAAGCCAAAGGAAUCUUCUACGACGCGGAGGAGGAAAGAGUGCCAUUUGCACAAGAACAGGAGGAGUUGAGAAAGCAAGUCUCCCAAGCUUUCCACUCUACCGUGGAUGACGAAGACGAUCUUUUCGUCAAGCGUUCUGAAGCUCAGACUAAUGGUUCAACCUCGUAUCGCGAUGCAGUGAUCGCAUCGCUUGGACCAGACGCAGACGAAGAAACGAUUCGACAAGCCAUUCGACGUCAGAAAGCUGCUGAUGACGAGGAAGCCUCUGCAUCCACCCCUAUCGCUGUUCACGGCGAGACGGAUCAGAAGGCAAACGAAGAUUUCUUGCUCAACUACAUCCUCAAUCGCGGUUGGAUCGAUAAGUCUGCUGAUGAGCAACGACCGGUCAAGCCUCGCCUCAACAAGUCUUUGCUCAAGUCGAAAUCCACCGACGACGCUGACUCCUCCGCCCCCGCUGAAAACGGCGAUGCCGACGAUGUAGCGAAAAAGGCCAAGGAAGAAGGCAAAGCAUACGGUCGAGACUGGGCAGCCGAAGCUGCCGCUCUCGAAUCCGACGACUCCGACUUUGACGAAAAAGCAGACGCAUUCGAAACCGCCUACAACUUCCGUUUCGAACAAGGCCCUGAAUCGCUCACCAUCCCCACCUACUCUCGUACACCGAAAGACUCUGCUCGUCGUGAAGACAACACGCGCAAACGCAAGCGAGAGGAACGUGCUGCACGCAAAGAAGAAGAGAAGCGUCUCAAGAUGCAAGAGCUUUCGCGCUUGAAGAAUCUGAAGAGGCAGGAGAUUGUAGAUAAGCUGAAGAAGUUGAGGGAGGUCACUGGGUCAAGUGCGGUAGAGCUGGAGAAUUUGGAUCUAGAGGGGGAGUUUGAUCCAGAUGCGCACGAUGAGGCGAUGCAGAAGGCGUUUGGGGAUGCGUAUUAUGAGGGGGAGGAUGAGGGAGAGAAGCCGGUUUGGGAUGAUGAUAUUGAGAUUGAUGAUAUUAUUCAGGAGCAUGAAGCGACGGUGGGAGCCGGCGGAAAGAAGAGUAAGAAGGCGAAGCAGAGUCACACGGGUGAGGACGGGGAGGAUAGGAUUGAGAUGGAUGCUGAUUUCCUCGACGAUUCUGCCACUGCCGAUGCUGGUGCUGGUGCAGGAAGCAAAGAAGCUGCUCUCCGGGCAAGGCUAGCGGAUAAGAAGUUGAGCAAGAAGGAUAGGAAGAAGCUGAAGAAGAAACUCAAAGCUGCGUUGUCCAAGUCUUCUUCCAACACCCAAGGCGAUGCCUCUGACUCGGAUGACGAAGCGGAUGGGGUGGACGAAGAAGCAAUGGACGCCGACGCAGCCCCUUCUUCAUCCGCCAACCCCUCCAAGCCUGCGGAUAAAAAGGCAAUGGCGAAGGAGAUGAUCGAUUCAUACUACAACCUCGACUAUGAAGAUAUGAUCGGCGAUCUUCCAACGCGUUUCAAAUACGCUCAAGUCGCUCCUGCAGACUACGGUAUGUCUGCUGUCGACAUCUUGCUCGCUGAGGACGAACAGUUGAACAACGUAGUUGGGUUGAAGAACUUGCAGCCGUAUAAGCGAGGAAAGAACAGGCCAAUGGACUUGGGUAAGAAGUUGGGUCAGUUCAGAAGAGAAGUCUACGGAAACACAAGUAAGAACAAGGAGGGAGAGGAGAAACCACAGAAGAAGAGAUUGGGUAAGAAGGAAAGAAUGCGUCUCAAAGCUGAUGAGGGUGGCGCUGAGGGGGAGAAGAAGUAA